UGCCAGACCUCCCACGCUUCCUCCUUCUAGCCCCACUGCCAGCCCAACCAGUCGGAAGCUACGAGAAGAGGUCCAGCCCCGCGAAGGCGGGAGUGAUCUCCUAGCUCCGAGAGGCUGGCAGUCAGGCAAGCGGACGGGCAGGCGGGCAGGCGGCCAGCGCCCGGGUUGGAGGUGGAGGUGGAGGUGGAGGUGGGGGUGGGCGAAGAGGGUGAGUGCACGUCACGUGCACGUUCCCCAGACCCAGGAUAAAUGUCCCAGAGCAAGAAGGAACCCGGGAGAAGCGCUCAGAGCAGGGGCUGGGAACCGAGCAAUCCGAGUGGAAAGAAAGACAGCGAAGUGUUCGAGCCUGCCCCAGCCCCUGCUUUGCUUUCUCUCCGCGGCCCCUCGAGAGAUAAAGAGCCCAGAAGGCUGGGGCGCCCACCCUGGCAGCCGAGCCAAGCAGUCCCCGCUCCACCCCGGCUCCUGACUUUGAACUUCCAAGCGCUUUCCUUCCCAGCCAACUUCUUUCGAGGCUGCCAAGGGGGCAGCUGAGGGCGCUUCUUUCCUUCCGGGCGAGUGCAGCAAAAAGCCACUGCUUGGGCUUUCCCUGACAGAAGGCAUCUUUGAUCACAGUCAUUUGUGGACCUUCAAUUUGGGUCGCUAAGAAAUCGGAAAACUCUACUGUAGUUGGGGGAGGGCAGGCAGACAGGCAGGCAGGCUCACAGUAGUUCAGCGUCCUAGCUCUUAACAGUGGACUUCACGCUGGAGAGAGACAAGGAGUGGAAGGAAGACUUUACCUUGGAGUUUAUCCUAGGGGAAUACUGAAGUCAUUCAUGAUGAAGUGUGCAGCACAAGAGUGGCUCAGAAUAACUGCAUUGCUAUUCAUUGCUAAUACUAUUCCAGCAAUGAUUGUUCCCAAUGCUACAGUUUUGGAGAAACUUUUGGAAAAGUACAUGGACGAGGAUGGUGAGUGGUGGAUCGCCAAGCAAAGAGGGAAAAGGGCGAUCACAGACAAUGAUAUGCAGAGUAUCUUGGACCUUCAUAAUAAAUUAAGAAGUCAGGUGUAUCCACCAGCUUCUAAUAUGGAAUAUAUGACAUGGGAUGUAGAGCUGGAGAGAUCAGCAGAAUCCUGGGCAGAAACUUGCCUGUGGGAACAUGGACCUGCAAGCCUACUUCCAUCAAUUGGACAGAAUUUGGGGGCACACUGGGGAAGAUACAGACCUCCAACAUUCCAUGUUCAAGCAUGGUAUGAUGAAGUGAGAGACUUUACCUAUCCUUAUCCACAUGAAUGUAACCCAUAUUGCCCCUUUCGAUGUUCUGGCCCAGUCUGCACACAUUAUACCCAGGUUGUUUGGGCUACAAGUAGCAGAAUAGGUUGUGCUAUUAAUUUGUGCCACAAUAUGAACAUCUGGGGACAGAUAUGGCCUAAAGCAGUUUAUUUAGUGUGCAAUUAUUCUCCCAAGGGUAACUGGUGGGGCCAUGCACCUUACAAACAUGGUCGACCCUGUUCUGCGUGUCCUCCCAGUUUUGGAGGGAGCUGUAGAGAAAAUCUUUGCUACAAAGAAGGCUCAGAAAGGCAUUUCUCUCCUCGUGAACCAGAAGAAACAAAUGAAAUUGAACGACAGCAGUCACAAGUGUAUGACCCCCAGAUUCAAACAAGAGCUGAUGACAGUAACAGAAAUGAAGUUAUAAGUACACAGCAAAUGUCUCAAAUUGUUGCUUGUGAGGUGAGAUUAAGAGACCAGUGCAAAGGAACAACUUGCAAUAGAUAUGAAUGUCCUGCUGGCUGCUUGGAUAGCAAAGCCAAAGUUAUUGGAAGUGUACAUUAUGAAAUGCAAUCAAGCAUCUGUAGAGCUGCAAUACAUUAUGGAAUAAUAGACAAUGAUGGUGGCUGGGUAGACAUCACUAGACAAGGAAGAAAACAUUAUUUCAUCAAAUCCUACAGAAAUGGCAUUCAGUCGAUUGGGAAAUAUCAGUCUGCUAAUUCCUUCACAGUCUCUAAAGUAACAGUUCAAGCCAUCACUUGUGAAACAACAGUGGAACAGUUAUGCCCAUUUCACAAGCCUGCUUCCCACUGCCCGAGGGUAUAUUGUCCUCGCAAUUGCAUGCAAGCGAACCCACACUAUGCUCGUGUAAUUGGAACUAGAAUUUAUUCUGAUGUAUCUAGCAUUUGCAGAGCAGCUGUUCAUGCUGGUGUCGUUCGUAAUCAGGGUGGUUAUGUGGAUGUCAUGCCAGUAGACAAGAGAAAAGUUUAUAUUGCCUCUUUUCAGAAUGGCAUCUUCUCAGAAAGCUUGCAGAAUCCUCCAGGAGGGAAAGCAUUCAGAGUAUUUGCUGUUGUUUGAAUAGGACAAAUGAAAUACACAAUAUUAAAAAGAGCACUUGGAAGGGGAUCAUAAAGUUUAAUCAAAAUGCUAUGCUGUAUUUCUAAAUUGUAUAAAGCUGUAAUACUGUUGUAUAGAAGACAUCAACUCUUUGCAGCCCCCCAAAGUGUCAGUUACAUGUAAAUCUGGAUAAAUUCUGUAAAAUAAAAGCAUGGGAUAUUAUUGGGAAAAUAUCUUGAAUAUGAAACAGUUUCACAGAUCCUGUGUUAAAUAUUGCUAUAUUUUCUUAGCAGUUAUUUCUAUUAUGGUUAAUUACAUAGUCAUAAAUGUUCUAUUUUUCCUUGAUCUGAAUGUUAUUAUGUGGUGCUUUUUGUAUGCCACUGAUAGAAUAAAUCUAAAAGUAUAAAUGGAUGAACUCAGAGAGAUCACCUAUUGCAUUUAAAAAUAGCCAACUCUGAAAAUGAAUAGAAACUGUGCUGUCAUGAUUUCCAUUUUCCAAAGUCUGCUAUUACUUACCUGAAUAAGCUCCAGUGUUUUUCAAGUUUAUUUCUGUACAGUUUUUCUCAUCUUUUAGGUUUAGGCAUGAGUUGAGUUCACACUUCAUAUUGAUUUUUUUCCCUUUUUUUUGUAAGCAGAUUGUCAAUCUCAAAACCAAAUCUACCUAAAAAGUUGAUAAAAGAUAAUUUGAUGCCUCAGAAUCUUUCAAAUCAAAUACAUAGCCCCUAAAUGGACCAUGUAUUUAGUGGUAGGUGGAAUAAAACAGCAGUAAUGAUGUAAACAUAUGCAUAGUGGUCAUAUAGCAUAUAUAGUAGAAACAAGAGUAAACAGACUGAAGAUUUCAUGUACUCUUGAAAUUAAAAUUGUACCUUUUUUGUUUUAUAUCCUGGCAAAUACUCCUGCAGGCCAGGAUGUAUAGGGGCAAAAUGUCUUAGGAAGAUGAAUUCAUAUAAUUGCUUCACCAUUGCCAUUGAUUUUCUUUAUGGUGAAUGGCCUCAUGCAUUAAUUUUUACCAUAUUAUGGUAUAUGAAAACAUAUAAUGCUAAUGUUAUGUUUGUUUCUAUGAAAAAUGUAUUGUGCUUUAAGACUAAAAAGCUGUUAAACUUUAUUUUUGGUAUUUUUUUUUCCUGCUUGUGAAUUUACUAUUUACUAUUUUCCUCUUCCCAUAAAUAUAUUGACAUUCUUCAUGUUUCA